GAGCUCGCCGUGGUGUUUGGAGAGCUGCAGCUGGAACGGACCCCGACGCCUGGCGCCGACGGCCCCGUCGCUGCCGACACCAACCUGCGCGCGCUGAGGUUCGUCGCCGACGUCGAGGCGUUGCUCGAGAUUGCCGAGGCGAGCGAGCUGCGCGAGGACCUGCGGACGCUUGGCGGCUUGCUCAACGUCGUCGCGCUGUUCACCAGCGAGGACCUGCGCGAGAGCUACCUGAUGCUGGACCCUUGGUUGCUGCGGGCGCAGGCGCGCACGGUGGCGAUCCCCAACAAGGAUGCGCGGGCCGCGAUCUACGCCACGAUCGAGCCGAUGCCCGUGGAGGAGCUCACGUUUCUAGUUCGCGGAUGCCGCGUGUCGCAGUGCUGGCAGGAGAACCAGGCGAAUAUCACGAUCGUUAUCAGCGAUCCCUGUGGUGCGCCGAGCAGCUCGGCGCGGAUAUCAAGUCUGGCCCAGCUCCGCGCGGACACCAGGAGCGCCUUCUCCAGCUGGCGCUGGAUCA